UUUUGAAUUGAAAAAAGCACUGUCUCAUAAUCGUGUGUUGAGAAAAUAAUAACCUUAAAGGUGUUUUAAUAUCUUAUUUAAAUGUCAAAAAAUAUUAUUAAUAAAGUCUACGUACAUACACAAAAGGUAAUAUACAUAUAAUGCGAUUAUCAGUAUCAGAAUGGAACAUGAAAUGAAAGAUAUUGAUGAUAAUAUAGAGAUGAAAGAUAAAAAUACUUAUAAGGAAACUGAGUCGGAGAAUGAAAGUGUGGAAGAGGAAUAUUGUAGCGAUGCAACGUAUUUAGCACGACAAAUGGCAUCAGCAGAAAAACUAUGUCAAUCAGACUUAAUAAAAUUGUAUAAUUUAUGUGUGCAACUAAGGCAUACAGUACCACCGCAACACGAGAUUGAAACACGUGCGGGAUCUCAUAUGCCAACAAGACAGGAAAUAGAAAAGUUUAAGAAAAUAGUACCAAUCAAGAAAGGCUUAUACUCUAUUGAGGAAGAUACUAUCAUCAAUGAUAAUUGGAAUGCAUUUUGUAAGAUACAUAAUUGGGAUGUAGAAAUGGUUCAUCCAUUCUUACAAUUAAGAAUUGGUGGCAGAGUAACAUAUAUGCGUAAUACUAUAGAAAGGCGAAAAUUUGUACAAUUUUUAGCUGAUGGUUUACCAAAUAGAACUUUAUACAGUGUCUACCAUAGAUUUAGAAAUUUAAAUGAAAAUAAUGUACAUAGAAGGUAUAAGCCUGAAGAAGAUCAAAUGAUUAUAGAUCACUUAGAAAAUAACCCUUCUCUUGAUGAGAAACGCAAAUAUGUUGAUUUGGCUAAAGUUCUCCGAAGAACAAGAAAUUCAAUUUGGCGACGUUAUCGAAUAUUGAAAAAAAAUAGAAAAGUUAAAAAUUCCUAGAUAUUAUUAGAUAUUGCAAAUAUUAUUGUUUAUGUAACAAAAAUGUACUUCAUUGGUUUAUUUUUAAUUUACUUGCAGUG